CAGGCAGUAGCUGCGCCAUUGCUGGUAUUAGCUAGCUUCUCUGCAGCCUCUUCCAUUCCUAGCUAGCUUGUGCAAGAGCUCGCAACAAUGUCGUCGUCGUCGUCGUCGUUGAAGGCCUUGGUGGCGUUCAUGGCCGUGGCCACCGUCGCCGAGCUCGCCGCCGGCAGCAAGACGUGGGCCAUCAAGUGGGCCUCCGGCGGGAACUACGGCGACUGGUCGUCCAAGAACACGGUCGCCGUCGGCGACAGCGUCGUGUUCACGUACGGGACGCCGCACACCGUCGACGAGCUGUCGGCGGCGGACUACACGGCGUGCAGCUUCGCCGCCCCGCUCUCGUCGGACGCCGGCGGCAGCACCACCGUCGUCUUCGACAAGCCCGGGACGAGGUACUUCGCCUGUUCGUCCGGGUCGCACUGCAGCAUGGGCCAGAAGGUGGCCAUCACGGUCUCCAACUCGACGGCGCCGCCGUCGUCGUCCAAGGGCGGCUCGUCGUCGUACGGCGCGGCGGCCGGCGGCGGCGCCGAGCUCGCCUCCAAGCUGGUGGUGGGCCUCGCAGUCGGCGCCGGCGCCAUUCUUGCGCUCUGAACAUGAACUCGAUCGUCUCUGAAUUAUUGGCAGCAUUUCCGUCGUUUGAGAUCUUUGCGUUGCGGUGUUCCUAUUUGUGUAAUGUGCAGUGGAUUCCCUUUUGUUAUGAUCUUGUUUUUUGUAUGCAUAUUUUCUUGAAUGAAUUUAGUAGUUAUGCUUGAUUACACAAAAUCAGAACUUGUCUAAUGAAAAUUUUACACAGCAUCGCUAGCACU